AUGCUGCCACGUGCCGAAAUUGCGGUGCAGCCGCUGGUGAGUGCUCCCAGUGGAGGUUCGACGGAGGGAAGUGAGGCCUCGAGCACUCCUGGCACACCUGCAGCUGGGAUGCAGCAGGCGGAAGGCCGCCUGCUUCAGCGUGCCGUACUCGCUCUGCAGUUGCGCUGGCGCGAGGACGAGGAGGAGCAUAGCUACGAGGCUGAGCGAGAACGGGCCACAGAGGCCCUACGUUUACUCCGUGUGCCGCCAGCCAGUGUCCGCCAACGACGCGCUGUCGUGGCGGCCAGAAGAGACACGGUGCCGCGGGAGGAGUUCGAGGCGCGUGUGCGAGAGGCACUCGACGCCUUUGCACAGAAGUCUUUGAGCAAGGUGGUCCUCGCACGUCGGAUGCUCUUGGAGCUUCUAUGGCGUGAGGACGCGCCGGAGCUCAUGCGACAGGCGAAAUCGUCCUUCGCGUCGCCGGGUCGUCGCGUGGUUGUUUGGCAUUCGUUGCCUUGGUUUUUCGUGGUGGGUUCGAACACAAAAGCAGGAGGAGAUGCCACCGCCACCUCCGCGUUCCUCAAUCUUUGCGGCCUAGCUGUGAUGCGGAACGGGCGCUAUGAACCGCAGAAUCUCAUGCCGGUGAUGCCGCGGCCCGAUGUCCUGGACUUCGAUGGCUUCGUGCUGCGCCGCGCGGCCAACCGUGCGCCGGUGAGGCCGCCGGACUUGCGACAGGCCUCUCUGGUGAAAAGCUCCGUGAGCCUUCGGAAAGCCACAGUGCAGGCCAGACCUGCGGUGUCCAGCUCUCCGUGUGGCGGCGAAGGACCCAUUGUCAUCACUUUCGUGUACGAUGCCUUACGAGCGGGACAGCUGUCCUUGUACCUCCGAGUGACAGAGGUGGAACACAAUGAGACCGAGCCUGGCGGCCCUGUAAGGAGACGUGUGGAGCUGGUCCAGCCGCUGGCGCCGUCUGCAGUGUCAGCCGGCAGUGGCGAUCAGAGUGGCCAGGUCACCGCGGUGCCGCUGCACGAGAUCCAUUUCGAGAAGGGUUUGGGACAGGUGUACUCCAGCCCUCCUCUUGAACUGCAGGAUUUUUGUCAGGAGCAGCUUCGCUUCAAUCCAGCUCAACCAAGGGAGAUCCCCUUAGCCAUCAGCCUCAUGCUGGACUCCGAGGCGACGUCGGCGGAGGAAGUGGAUGCAGAUGAGACUCAGUCUGAGCGAACCGUGCACUACACAUACAUCUCACUGCAGAAGGCGAGCUUGGAUUCGCCCAAAGCAGAUCAGGCGGAGGAGCGUCCGUCGUGGUCAGCACAUGUGAUCGGCCAGAAGUUGGAACACUACGGUCAGUGUUUCAUCCUACAUGAAGUUUUUGGUGCAGGUCCCACCGGAGAGAAGAGGUCCGAUGGCGCACCACGUCCGAGCCUAUCGGAUCAAGACCCCGAGGGCCAUACUGAUUGUGUGAUUUGCUUGAGUGAGCCUCGCGAUACUGCUGUGCUGCCUUGCCGGCACAUGUGCUUUUGCAGCUACUGUGCAGGCAUUGUCAGGCUUCAAUGCGAUCGAUGUCCCGUUUGCCGACAAAAAGUGCAGAGCUUGCUCCAGUUCAAGCGGGAGGAACUGCAAGUCGGUGAAGCGCUUCCGAACCGGGAGGUGGUUGGUGCCUCCUACAAGCGGCACUACCUUUUCCUUUUAGAACCCCACGAGGGUACAGCUUUUCUUUCGCUUUCUCCAGAACGUCUAUGCAAGAUCCGUGGGCGCGAUCUUUGGACGGAGGCGGUGGCAGGCACUUGGCCCAUCACUGAGUUCGAGAAGAUUGGAGAGGCAGCUCUCUUAGCGAGUUCUGCGAAGCAUAGCAGUGAGCACCAAAUGGUUGUGGACUAUAUUUGCAGGCUCCUCUAUGAUAUCGCUAGCCAUGUGAAGGUGUGUGACACGCACAUCCUCAAGCUGAAGCACUUGGUUCACAUCAAGCAGUCGUACCAUGCCAUUGCAAAAGAGGGCACCGGCGCGGAUCCUUGGAACCUGGCGACCUUCUUCUGCGAGCACAUGUCGCCCACGCCGGCCGUGUGUGGCUUGCCGCCCCACGCCGCGCAGAAGUUCAUCGACGCGGCCGAGCCUUGGGACCGCGGCUUCUAUGCAGCUCCCUGCGGAGUGCUCUCCGCUCAGAGCUGUGAGCUCAUCGUGGCGCUCCGCUCGGCUCUGCUGACAGAGGGGCGAAGACUACAUGUCUAUGCUGGCGCAGGGGUGGUGGAAGGCUCUGAUCCCUCGGAGGAGUUUGAAGAGAUUAGUCUGAAGAUGAGACAAUUCACCGAGGCCUUCGCAGAUGCCACCCCCCGCAGCGUGCCGGAGCUCGCGCAGCUGCCGAACCUCAACACGCUUUGGGCCACGGUGAUCGUGGAGGAGUUGGUCCGGUGCAACGUGUGCAACUUCGUGAUUUGUCCUGGCUCUCGCUCCACUCCGCUGGUGGUCGCCAUGGCGCGACACGGACAGACCAGGCAUGUGGUGAACCACGACGAGCGUUCGGGUGGCUUCUAUGCCCUUGGAUGGGCGAAGGCCAUUGGUCAACCCGUGGCAGUGAUCGUCACGUCUGGUACAGCCGUUGCAAACCUGCUGCCUGCGGCAGUCGAAGCAGCUCAGGCUCAGAUCCCCUUGCUGCUGCUGACCGCCGACCGCCCUGCAGAGCUGCGAGACACGGGAGCCAACCAGACCAUCACGCAGCCGGGGAUCUUUGGGUCUUCUGCGCGUUGGGCCAAGGACUUUCCAGCACCCUCCGUGGACUUCUCCUUGAUGGCGCUUUUGGGCGACGUGGAUCUGGCCGUUGCACACUGCAGAGGACACUUGAACUUCCAUCCUGGCCCAGUCCACCUGAACUUUUGCUUCAGGGAGAACUUGGCUCCUGAUGCUGGACCCGUGCGAGGCGUUCCUGGUCGGACUUCCGAGUGGGACAAGGCCUACGUGGACUGCCCGGCCAUGCAGCGCUGGGUGGUCUCAUCGGAGCCCCGGAGUCAAUACCUAAGCCCUGAAGCACGCUUGCCACCUGGAUCGAUGAUCGAGGAGUUGGUGGCACUGGCCAAUCGCCAAGCUCGCAUCCUCGUUCUAGUUGGCACCUUGAAAACGUCGGACGAGGUCUUGUUAGCAGAGGAUAUUGCUGCCAGACUUGGUGGAGCAGUCUUUGCAGAUAUCACCUCUGGUUUGCGCCAGCGGCCACGAACCGUGCACUUCUCGGAUCAGCUCAUAUCGUCCACCUGGGUGGGCCCUUGA